UGAAAGUGUCCCGCCUCCUCCCAGCGGGGGGCCCGGUCGGUGGGAGGAGCGAGCCGCGCCGGGACGCGCCGCGCCGCAGCAGCACCAGCAGUCCCGUCCGAACCAGCAGGUCCGCCUCGGAGCAAUCAGAGCGCCGGUUCACCUGUUCACCUCCAAGAACCCGCCGCCUGGUUCCGGAAAACAACAACAACCCGGGCAAACCGGUGAAAUAUGAGCGACGCUGUUCGGCGGCGCGGCGUCUGGAUGCCAUAGCGGGAGCAGGAGGCUCAGCGGCUCUGCAGGACAAAGAGGGUCGCCUUCCUUCAAAUUGCGAUGCAUCUCAUCGGGGUGGUCUUAAUUCUGGUCGUGACGGGAAUAGCAAAAGGCUGGGAAUGCAGCGCGGCGUGCAGCACAGAAAAUGGGUUUUGUGAGAAGCCGGGGAAGUGCAGGUGCAAACCCGGGUGGGAGGGGGAGAACUGCGACCGCUGCAUCCCGUUCCCAGGCUGUUUGCACGGCGCGUGUGAGAAAGCCUGGCAGUGCGUCUGCAAAGAGGGCUGGGUGGGCAGCCUGUGCGACCAAGAUACUCGCCUGUGCUCAUCCAAGCCUUGUCCCAGUAACGCCACCUGCAUAGAGAGAGGAGAGGGCGGCUACCUGUGUGUCUGUCCCCAGGGCUACGCUGGAGAAAACUGCCAGAUGAAGCAGAGACUUUGCCUUCUGAACGGCUCUCCUUGUCAAAAUGGAGGCACGUGUGUGGAGGCCAGCGGCUCUGCAGCCGACCCUUCCUGUUUAUGUCCUCCUGGAUUUUCCGGCGCCCUCUGUGACAUCAGCGCCGGCAGCUGCCAGCCGAACCCUUGCCUCAACGGGGGCAACUGCACGGACCACGGCCUGGCCUUCACAUGCGCCUGUCCGCCCGGCUACACCGGCUUCACGUGCAACGACACCAGCAGCCUCUCCGCCUGCGCGGGCGCACCUUGCGCCAACGAUGGAACGUGCGUCGGUCAGUCCGACGGAACCUUCCGCUGCAUUUGCCAGAAAUGGUACUCGGGUCCCACCUGUUCCCUCCAUCACAGACAGAGAUCCAGGACCAGGCCUGCCAAUACCAGACCAGUGGAGCACAGAGGAUUUGCUCUCACUCCGCAGCACUACUCCCUCCCUGCCCACGCCUUUCACAAGCUGCUCAGACCACCGGAGAGAGACUUGCUGAAGAUCACCCUGAAGGAGUCGGUCCACUCCACUGGCGUCCUCGUCACCCACGGCCAGCUCAUCUGUUUCGGCAUGCUGGCCUUGCUCACCUGUCUGGUUAUCUUGGGCACCACAGGAAUAGUAUUCUUUGGUCGCUGCGAGACGUGGCUGGCCAACGCCAAGUACAGCCAGCUUGUGCGGCAGCAGCGGGAACACCUGCUGAGGGAAGCUGGCAGCGCGAGCCAGGAAGAACCGGAGCACUCUGUAAACAUCAUCCUGCCAGAAAAGAUUAGACUCUCCAGCUUCGGGAGACACUACACCUCCAUCUGAUCAAAACGUCUCCUCCUGUUACCGGCUCCCUGCGGAGGGAGCCCCAACGAAUGUCACGGUGUAACCCAGAAUGAAGCGCUGUCACUGUUGUGCAGCUGUUUAGCGCAGACUGGGCUGAAUGUAUCCUGUCUGGACCAAGGGGACGAAAUGUUACAUGAGGCUGUAAAUGUUUCAGUCAGUCAUGCUAUUAAAAUCCACUGAAAUUGUGCAGAAAUUCAAAA